UGCAGUGAAAGGCUGUGCAUUUGAAGGAUCACUACAUACCAACCAGAAAUUGCCUGACUCUGCAGUUAGCUCCAUUAAAAUGAUGAGAAAAGGGAAUUCUCCAGAUGAUUCCAUUUUUGAAAUGCAGAGCAGCUUCGGAAAGUCAAGCAGCAGCCCUCCAGCCAGCCCUACGGAGAGUUCUGGAUCAGUAUUUCUAAGUUCUGAUGUAGAAAAUGGAACGAGUGAAAGAAGAAAGCCAGGAAAAUCACCUCCUGUUUUGCUGCAAACUCCUACCAGUGAAGUGGAACAUUUUGAUGAUGGAAAGAAAGUUGAUUUUGCUAGGACAAAGAGCAGUACAGAAAGUCCGCUCCUGACAGUGGAAAGCAAGAAUGAUUCCAAAAUUGAAAGGAAAAAACAUAUUUCAAAUCAGCUGAAGGCAAAUGCACACUUUCAUAAGCUGUUUCUGGAUGUUUCCAUUGAUGAGCCACUAAAACAAAGUUUUACCUGUGCUCUCCAGAAAGAAAUUCUUUAUCAAGGAAAGCUGUUCCUUUCUGAAAACUGGAUUUGCUUCCAUUCCAAGGUUUUUGGUAAAGACACUAAGAUCAGCAUACCUGUGCUCUCAGUGACACUUCUGAAGAAAACCAAGACUGCCCUUCUUGUGCCAAAUGCUCUGAUCAUAGCAACAGUCACAGACAGAUAUAUGUUUGUCUCCUUACUGUCCAGAGAUACAACCUACAAGCUAUUAAAAUCUAUAUGUAGACAUCUUGAGGAUACGAGUAUGGGCAACAGUCCCAGUCCAUCUUCUGUUGAAAAUAGCUUCAGGGCUGAUCGUCCUACAACUCUGUCCCUGGAUUUCAAUGAAGACUAUUCUGAUCUGGAUGGAAUAGUACAGGAGCAGAGACAAGAGAUGGAGGAGUCCAGCAGCACAGGCUCACAGACCCCGGAGCUGGAACGCUUCCAAGAUUAUCGCGUUGUUGAGACACAGACUCACUUGAAAGUUUCAAAGACUGAAACAAAGUCUGUCCGUUCUGAUGCACGCAGUAAAUGGGCACCUGAAGGAAAAGCCAGGAACUGCCUUCGAAAUGCAGGUCAUUCUGAACCUUUCAGAUUCUUUCACAAGGAUAAGUUACAGAAGCUCUUAUCUCUGAACCACAUACUUAUAUUUUAUGCAGUUCUUGUCUGUGUUUUAAUAUUUUCUACCUUCUACAUGAGAUACAAAAUCAAUGUCCUGGAAGAACGUCUUAUCUCCAUUGCAUCUUUUGAUUCACAUUUUAAGGAACAUCCAGUGCGCCAACGUUUGGAAUCUCACUUGCAAGUUAAUGCUGAUGCCUUCUGCGAUGAGUUAACCACUAAUCUUAUGAAAUUGGAAAAGAUACAGAAUAACUUACAGAAACUGCUUGAAGAUGGUGAAUGAAAUGUUUAUGUUCUUGGACUGCUUCAGACUUCAUUCAUCUUGCUUGACAAACAGAUUCAAAGGAGCUCUGCUGGACGGAGUUCAAGCUUCCUUAUUUUCAGUCCAAGCCAAGGUUAAACUGGUGAUGCUCAUGUCACAACUCAGAAAGUCAUGUUAUUGUUUAACUGUGUUUGUCUGCAUGUUUUGAAAAUAAGGGUUUUUUUUUUCCUUCUUUAUGGUGUGUGAAGUAAUUAAUGGAUUUUACAGUUUGUUUGAUUUUAGCUUUCCUUACACCAGUGCAAACCUGAAGCAACUCCUUUUACCUCAGCCUUCCUUUUCUGCCUCUCUUCAUGUACUUGUAAGUAAGCAUUUCAGACACGAUUCAUAUGCUGACAUGUUGUGUGAAUGAGCUGGUGUGUGUCUCACAGCUGUGGCUAUGGAUCAGGGCUGUGCUUUUUACUUUCUGUCCUAUCAUCCCAAAGAUUAAAACCAAACACCUCUGUGUUUGAUUCUGUGGAGUACUGAAUGUUUAAUGUGUGCUUAAGCUCUCAGGUGCUGUAAAAAGUCUCGAUUCCAUGUUCUGUGGCACUGGAUCACUGCUGAGCAUGAAGUCCAUUUCUACUGGGGAUUCAUUUUACGUCAAAGUCGAGCUUGAAAUAUGUGUGAACUUGCCAACUCACCAUUAAAUUGCUUGUGAAUAGCAUUAUGGGUAUGACAUGUCUGUCUGGAAAACCAACUGUUUUUUCUAUCUGCUCUGUCUCUGUCCUUUAAGUUAAUUCAUCAGUGUGAAGAUCUCAGCUAGCUUUCCUUAGAGCUGCAUAGAGCCUUGGUUAGCCAAGCAAGUACAUUUCAUAUUCCAAUUUAUAUAAGUCUAGUCCUGAUAUGGAACAGAUAUUUCCAAAUAAUAGAAACUGACAAAUUACUGAAAUUAUUUUUAUUGCCACGUUCUUAACUGAAAGAAGAGGUGGACAUCUGCUUUGUUAUAUCACAAUAUUUUUUCACCUUACCUAGUAGGAUAACUGUUUUGGAUUUUUUUUAGCUUUCUGAUUCACAGAGCAGACUGGUUCAUCUGAAAAAGCAAUGUUUAGGAUAAUGACAACUUGUGUAUGCAAUAUUACUGUUUAUAUAUGCUCUGCAUUUUAUAACCAUUUCUGUGAAAUGCACCUUACUUUGUUUAAAUAAACUUUUUUGAAACAAGCAACUCAGUACUAUGAUUUAUGAGG